AUGGCUUUUGUCACCACACUCAGCGGUGUACCGGCUGCGGACGCCGAGUCAGACGCCUCACCGGCAGACCUGGCACCGCCCCCGCCGCCGCCACUGGUGCUGGCGAAGCAAGCAGAGCCGCUGGGAGAGGACGACCAGCGGCUGAACGCCGUGCCCGAGGGGCCAUCGCGCGUCGACUGCAACCAACAGCAGUACGACGUCAUGAAGGAUAACUUGCUGCUCUACAGCCACGCGAAACUCACAUCGGACGACAACCGCACGCCGGGCAGGGAGUACCUGGUGACGGCCAUGUUCACCCACUACGACAGCAACGGGGACGGCGCGCUCACGCAAGAAGAGCUGGACAAGGCUGGCCGCUCGGACGAGGCGGGCCUCGAGGCAUCGGGCGACAGCGGCGGCUGCCAGCUGGGCCACAUGCUCGCCUUCGACGACGCGGACGGCGACGGCCGGCUCAGCCUCAGCGAGUUCUACGCCGCCUUCAGCAAGCUCUACAGCGUAUCGGUGGUGUCGCUGGACAAGGCGGUGCAGGUGCGGCGGCUGCGCGCGCGCGUCGGCGACAGCGUCGAGGUGCGCUGUGACGUCACCGGGGCUCCACCGCCGCCCAUCGUGUGGCGGCGCCACGGGGCGGACCUGGCGCAGCUGCCCGCCGGCGCCGCACACGACUUGCGCGUCUUCCCGGACGGCUCCCUGUUCCUGCCGCGCGUCCAGCUGGUGCACGCCGGCAACUACACCUGCCACGCCCAGCGCAACGAGGACGUCGUCCAGACGCACGUCCUCACCGUGCACACUACGCCUCGGGUGAAAGUCACACCCCGAAUCCAGUCGAAACGACCCGGAGAAGAGGCCACCAUGUUCUGCCACGUCAUCGGAGAACCUUUCCCUAAGGUGGAGUGGCUGAAGAACGACGAGCCGCUGCGGCUGACGCAGCGCAAGUACGAGCUGGUGGGCAACGGCACGGAGCUGCGCGUGCGCAGACUCGCCUACGCCGACACGGGCGCCUACUCGUGCAGCGCGCGCAGCGCCGCCGGCGCCGCCACCGACCUCUCCUCGCUCGUCGUCCAGGACGACCCCGCGCCCACUUCACCGAAGGAGGAGCGGCGCUUCUUCGCUUUCCAUGACUUCGGAAUCUCGGUGUACGAGCCGACGGCUUGUCGCCUGUACCAUCACAUAAGGGGCAGCGACAUCAUACCUGGCACACAGCGUCAGUUGGUGUGCGGCAGCAGCGGUACCGCUUGCAGCUGGGGACAGGCCAUCAACGUGGCCAACCGCUACGUGUACGUGGCGCAGCCCCGCAACGACCGCGUCCUCGUCAUCAGCAAGAUCCAGAUGGUCGUCGUCGACGUGGUGACGACGGACAAGAUGCCGGUGGAGCUGCACUACGUGCCGCACCUGGACCAGGUGUGGGUGCUCAACUGGCGGUCGGAGCGCGACCGCGGCGUCAAGACGGUGCAGGUGAUCCGCGACGCCGCGCAGAAGCGCAAGCACCACACCGUCCACCCGGAGCCCAUAGACGGACAGUUCGACCUCGUCAGCGGACUCUUCAUUCCUCCUAUACAGGACGUGGAGCACGAGUUCCGGCACGGCUACGUGUCGCACGCGGGGCGCCGCGGCCUGCUCAAGCUGGAGCUGGCCUCGCUGCGCUACCUGCGCGCCGUCGACCUCUCCGAGCGCUCCUGCCUGCCGCGCCACCUGCAGUUCUCCUCGCUCUUCGGGCUGGUGGUGGUGGAGUGCGAAGAGCCGGCGACGGGCCAGCCGGCGGGCCAGCUGGUGCUGGACGCCGUGACGGACGCCGUGGUGUCGCAGCGGCCCUCGCUGCUGGGCCGGCCGCACCUCAGCCCCGACAGCCGCACACUCGUCACGCUGCACCGCGCCAGAGACGGCGUCACGCUCGUCGUACAGCGCGUCGCUGACGGUGACCUGAGGUUCUCGUUCGACGUAAAGACGACGCUGAACAUCAGUGACGUGGCCUUCUACCCGUCACGCACGACGCACGGCUACGACCUGUACGCGAGUGCGUCAGACAAGGAGGACGUCCUCUUCCUGGACCUGGCCUCAGGCAAGGUGGAGGUGAUCACAGGCGUCGGGGCGGCGAUGCCCGCGCAGCUGGCAGAGUGGGGGGCGCCCAACCGGCCGAUCGCGGCGCCCGGCGUCUUCGGCCGCUACCUGGCCACCGCGGCCGCCGACGCUCUCUUCGUGCUCAACGGCGCGACGCGCACCGUCAACUGCGAGGUCAGCCGCGUGGCGCUGCCGCGGGCGCUCGCCUGGGUCUCCAUGCGGCUGCAGUGACGCCGGCCGCGACGCGCCCCCGCCGCCCGCAGCGCCGCCUGACUCCUCGGGCCCGCCACCGCCACCACUGCACUUCACAGAGCGAGCCGUUCGACAACGUCAGAGCCCAGGGACUUGUCCUGUUCGCGCGUUUAUCAGCACUGUGUCUUUCCGUAACACGCUACGAUGGAGUCGUUUGCCAUACAGAACCAGAGGCUUCGUAUUGUGUCCACUCGAGGUAAAGAAGGUUUAUCAUACGAUGAAAGCUUUUACGACCGGAUGUCUUAGCUGUUUGUUUGUAUGGUAGUGGCCCAUAAAACAACCCCGUGGUUAACAUUUGGUCCAGAGCAGCGCUAGAAAUCUUUAGAGAUGUUCAUGGAUCUCGCCAACUGGUAGGACUCUUCUCAACCUCGAGCAAGUCUGAAUAUAUCCAGUGCUGUUCUGGACGUAACCUUAGCAACGGAAAAGUUUCAGGGGCCACGAACAUGCAGCACGGAAUACCUACCAGCAGGAAAAGAGACACAAACGUCGGAACGUGCCUGGGCAAUUGCAACUUUCACACAAUAUACACCCACAGUGUCUUCGCUGGUUUCUGUAAAGCUCAAUAAAGAGAAAGGGAUAAAUUUACAGUCGUAGACCGAUUCGACAGGCAUUUCUUCAGUUACCAUUCAAAUUUCACGCAACUGCCGGUGAACAAUGUUUUUACAAAUUUGCCCUAUGGUUUACCAUCAGGUUGAAAUUCAAAUACCUUCCCUGUCAUUUCAGAUUCCCAAAUAAGCUUUCAUAUUGACAAAAUAUACUCAGUAGCUUCGUUCAUCAGGUUACCUGCCAAGAGGUGAAUAACGAAAGUACCAUUAGCUUUAAACAGCUUCGAAAUUAUUUAGGAACGAAAUGUCCAUCUUGGAAACAGCAACUGCCUAAAAUUUUAAAAAAUCUGAGAUACAUCAUUAAUUUUGUGUUGAAUGAAUCAUAAAUUCGUCCGAAAUAUCACAUGUACACAAUUUGAACGUUUCCUCUGUUCGACAACAGCAUGCAGGACUCAGAAAUUUAUCGGCAUUUGGGUUUACUUUGGCAUUACUUAUGCCAAGAUACACAUUUGCGUAAGCGUUUAUACUUCGCCAUUUAUUCAUUAUCACCGCCCUAAUAUGCAACCAAAUUAGGGAACAAAAGUGAAAGCAAUUACUCUUUGCGAUUUUAGAAUUAGUUGGUCGAGACAAUUGCUCUAUGGCCAUUAAAAUGCUGUGAGAUUUUACCAGCCGCAAUAUCGCUUCAUGGUAAAGUGAUCUUAAACUGAGCAGACUACUAUAAAAGGCAACGGGUUCACAAAUGCUACUGCUAUUGUGGUCACAUUUAGGGUUUCAAACCUACCUUCUGCCAUUUAGAUUUUCAUUCUUUGUUAUUUCUCUGAACAUAUCAAGUUGAAUGCCUGGACGUUUCCUUUGAAAAGGACAAGGCCAGUAUCCUCCUCCUCCACCUGGUCUUGGCAGGAACGCUAAACACCAAUCUUUCUUGCUUUGGAAUCAUCAGACACUGAUCUAGGCUUCGCAGACAAAUGUAAAUAACUUUGACGCGGCGAACAAUAAAAUAAAAUUCCACUGUAAAAAAAGCAUCAUAAUGCAAAAAUGAGAACAACUAUUUUAAUUAAGGAAGUUUCAUCGUGCAUGUUCACCUUUGUCUAAAGUCUGUCUCCAAUUCCGUCGUAUGUAAAAUAUUAUAGCCCGAGCUCAAAAUCUCUUGUUGCCUUCAUUUAUGGGUGUACAUUACAGGGGAAUGUGAGAUUUCUUGUGGAGACAAUAACUGAACGACAGUGAAGUCAAAGUAACUCUCAAAUACUCAGUUUGUGAGACGUAUCAGCUUUCUUCUCAAUUAUUAGCAGCAAACUGUUGAGAGUGAAGGAUAUCUCCCCGCUUUCGGUACCAAAAUUUGCAGAUCUAAUGCUACAAAAUGGGCUGAUAGGUCCACGAAUUCCCGUAGGAUGCAUAUGAAUGACGGUUCGUUCAAUCGAUACUUCGCUGGAGAAAUUGCCAAAGUAGCUCUACUAUAUCCUCAUUUGCUGAUACUAACUUACAAAGAUUGUCAUCGCGCUGAUUACGUAGCGGAAUUGUAUGUCGACAGUCGUUUCGAGUAUACAUUUUGGUGAGAUCUCUGCAGAUUCUUUACCUCUGCUAAUAUGUUCUCUGUUGAGCACAUCACGCACUUCAUUUUGAGGAAUAAACAAGGACGUGAUACGAAUUCACAAAUUGAUAAGAAGGACCUUCUGAAGUUAUCUCCUGCAGUUCGUAAUCUUAUCUUGUUACGAAACAUUACUUAAAUCUACGAAGUUGAAUGAUGAUUUUUCGUUCACGUCAUUAACAUAGUGGCUACAACUGUCUCAAAUUGUUACUGUACAUUUUUACUGAGAAAUGCCAGACUAUUGAACUGUUGUUUCCUUCUUCUUUCUGCAUCACGUCUAGCUUGUUUUAAAAUUACAGAACUAAUCCCUAACGGUAAUUUCUUACUAAAUAAAAAAAUGUUGUUGGUCAUGUCCACAUUAUAUAUUCUUAUCUAGCGAAUAUGUGUUUCACUGCUACUUACAUUAGCUGUAUUUAAUGAACCUGCUCUUCCACAUAUAGAGACUUAACUGCUGACACAGUAGCAAUACAAGUUUACUUUCCGCAACACGUCGUGCAUGUUCAACUAUAUCUACAAUUUUAAGGUAUGGAAAAUGUCAUAGCCUGAGCGCAAAUGUUCUAGGUGUCUUCAGUCAUUUAUGAGUACAUUACAGGGAAAUGUGAAGUUUUUUUCGAGACGUAACUAAACCACAAUGAAGUCGAAGUCAGCCUCAAAUAUUUCAGUUUCUAAGACAUAUCAGAUUUAUCCUCAAGUAUCAGCAGCAAACUGAUAUCAUCAUUCCUGAUAUAAACGAUAAGAACUACGUUAAAGGAAAAUUUUCCAGCUUUAUGAAGUGUACGACGAGAGCACAUAGCAAAAUGGUUUUAGAAUAACGAGAUAACCUGCAAUCCUUGAUAUACGUUGAUGACGAAUAUAAUAAUGAAGCAAUGGGUCGUAAAAUAUGGAAGAUAUUCAUGCGUAUCAGAAAUAUUGCCCUUAAUAAUCUUAUAAGAGGAAAGAAUGUCUAGACUGACGGUUAAUAUGAUGAACAUGGAAAAUAGUUAUUCUUUCUCUAGAAAUGAUACGCAAUUGCCAAUUUACAGAAAAUACUUUGCUGUAGCUCUGAUAUCUUUGGAAAACUCAUGUUGUACAGCAGAUAUUUCAGCAAAGAAUAACUAAUGCGUCGUUGAAUAUCUGACCAAUCAUGGACAUAAGUAACCAAUUGAGCUACAAAAAAGAAAAAUUUCGGUAAGUGAUAAGUUGGAGAAGUCUACAACUUGUAGCACAGCCAUAGAGCAUUAUAUUUACGAUCUUUUGUAGUACAGACGUCUUACGAAAAAUCAUGAGGUAGAAGUAUCGGUGAAACUCUUUUUGUAAGAAAAAUUGUAAAUAAAUUAAAGUAUCGUGAAGACAGAUA